AUGGGCAAGACACCUGGUGUGAUGGUGAGUGUGGUCAAGUACGACAUCCGCAAGUCUGGCUGGUCGCGCGCGCCGUACGUGAGCUUUGUUGUACAGUGCGCGGUGCGUAAUUGCUCGCGCCGACUGGAGUACCGGUACUCUGACUUUUACAAGCUCAAGCAGCAGCUGGCGGCGUCGAACGACCUCGGCAAGAUUACCGCACCGUUCCCACCCAAGGCGGUGCAAGUCCCGUACGUGCUUCCGACGCACCAGCACCUCGCUACUCGCCAAGCCAUGCUGGAGGCCUUUUUGCGGGAGCUCAUCAGCGUUGAUUUGUCGUGGGACGGGACAAAGGCGCUCGAUGCCUUCUUGAAACUCGACACGGACCCGCUCUGGUCGGCGGGGUGGAGUCUGACCGAGUACAAGCGCUUGAAGCGCCAAAAUGGCAGUCGCGUGACCAGCAGCGAUGUCUCACGUGGACGCCAAGAAGGUCCUUUGCACACGUCGGACGAGGACGAGGAGAAAGAAGAUGCGGUGAUACCACCAUUUACGCUCGAGAACGUACCGCACCGGGUCCCGCGCCACGCCGUUUCCACACCGGUCGACAACUGA